AUGAUCGAAAUCGGAGAAACAAAACUAACAAUGACAGUUCCUCCACUUCUCCUCCUCAUCCUCACACUCCUCUCCCUCCCUCAUCUCCUCAUCUCCUCCGCCAUCUCCGAUGCUUACCCUUCCAUUCCCGGAACAGCUCCAAUCGACGGAGGUUUCUCCGACGAUCUAAAACCCAUCCGCCGUGAGGUAUACGGAGAAGGCAAAAUCUUCGACAUCAGUCACCGAUACACGCCGGAGAUGCCGGCGUGGGACUCGAAGGAAGGAAUCGGAAGGUUUCUAUGGCUAGCUGCGAGCAUGAAGAACGGAUCACACGCUAACAACUCCGAGAUGAAGAUCCCUACUCACACUGGGACCCACGUCGAUUCGCCGGGACACGUGUACGAUGAGUAUUACGAUGCUGGCUUUGAUGUGGACUCGCUUGAUCUUCAAGUCCUUAACGGUCCUGCUUUGUUGGUUGAUGUUCCGAGGAACAAGAACAUAACUGCCGAAGUGAUGAAGUCUCUUCACAUACCAAGAGGAGUUCGUCGUGUGCUUUUCAGAACAUUGAACACUGACAGGCGACUUAUGUUCAAGAAGGAGUUUGAUACAAGCUAUGUCGGAUUCAUGAAGGACGGCGCACAAUGGUUGGUAGACAACACAGAUAUCAAACUUGUUGGAGACUAUACUUGUGGAGGGAUUGAAGCUGGAUGA